UUACCUUUCCUAGCUUGUGAGUUCUGACCCAACAGAGACCACCACGUCCAUAACAUCCCAAUAUUCUCUUCUUUAUGGUGAGAGAAGAGAAACAAGAGACCAACCACAUCUACAUUCACUCCACACCCUUCUUUCCCCUUUCUCUUAGCCAUUCAGUGUGUUAGACCCUCUUAAACUCACUAUGACACUGACACUACCUCCUCCAAAAUCGCCAUUUUUAAAGACCCUUUUCUUCCUCCUCACUCUCUUCCCUAGCUACCUUGCUCUCCCUGAUCCUGAUGCUGCUGCUUCAGCAUCACUUCAGCCUAUCACACCACACCCUUCAUCAACAGGAACAAUCCCUGCAUUCCCGGAACAAGCUGAUGUUGAAGGGUGCCCUCUUAACCUCUCUGAUGAACACUAUGAAGGGAUAAAGAGUGCAUGCGGCUCCAGCAAAAAUGCUGCAGAUAAGGACCUCCACCGUAGCAGAUGCUGUCCGGUGCUUGCUGCCUGGCUCUAUUCUGCUUACUCGGUCACUGCCCUUGGUGGUGGAAUGCAACACGAACGUGCCUCACAAAGCCAUACCACAUCCUAUGACAUGCCCUUGUUGCCUGAUGAUUCAGAAACAUGUGUGAGCGAUCUGGGGAAGGCCUUGAAAGUUAGAGGAAUCCAGCUUGUCCAGCCUAACGAGACUUGUGAUGUGGUGUAUUGCUACUGCGGCAUUAGGCUCCAUCCUUUAACCUGCACCGAAUCUUUUUCAGUUACUCCAAGUGGGAGUCUUGUGGUGGAUGGAAGUGUUAGAAGAUUGGAAAGGGAUUGCUUGAGUAGCAGCAACAAUGUCAAUAAGUUUCCAGGCCUAGGAGGAUGCUCCAAGUGCUUGCAUAGUCUCUAUUCGCUUAGAAAGAAGUCUUCAAAUUCAAGCAAGUCAGAAGAUAGGACCACCAAGAUCCAUAACAAAGACUGUGAACUAAUGGGUCUAACAUGGCUUCUGGCAAAGAAUCGAACAGCUUACAUUCACACAGUUUCUGGGGUUCUUCGAGCUCUGAUGUUGAGCAACGAAGGGUCUGACCCACAAUCAUGCACUCUAAACAGUGAUGGAAUGCCUCUUGCCGUUGAUUCAUCUGAAAUGUCAGAUGAAUCUCCAUCAAGCUACCUCCAAGCACCGAUUUUUCUCUCUUUGUUACUCCUUGGAGUGCAUUAUUUCAGUGUACAUGGCAUUUGUAAAUCUGGAUCCGUGCUCUGUGCUUAGGAGUGUAAUUUUUUUUCAAUUGGGUUGAUGUGUUUGAUAGAAAAUUGAGAUGAUUUGAUGUUGGUGGGACUGGAUUGGCAUGUGCUAAUAGCGACCUGUGGUUGGUUUUGGAGGGACAAAAAUGGAUGUAGCUGCAUUGGGUGUUGCGGUGGCAUUAUUUUUAGACAGUUGUAUGUAUGCUUCACGGGCGAUUUAUCAUUCCAUCACCAUCUUCAUCUCUUGUCAA